AUGCCGAAAGAGUCUCACAGGAAAAGCGUGAACGGCCGGACCGCUGAAAGUAGGAGAGAUGAGGAGCACAUCGAGAAAAACGACUUGCCCCGGAGCCAGGAGAACUUUCUUGCCGGCGGAGGCGAAGAGAGCUCCAGUUUUUAUGGCCUUCUCGUCCCUCUCCACCUCGCCCUUUUCGUGCCUCCGACUCCCCAGAUGGCGAGUGAGGGAGACAAUCCUUUCGCUUUCUUCGCCUUCCAGGCACUUCGAGGUGUUCCGUCUCCCGAUCGUUCCUCGUCGCCCGCUCCGUCCUUUGCAGCCUCGCCUCCCGUGUCGGCAUCUCCUCUCCCUUCUUCUCCCGUCACUCCCCAUGGACCCCCACCGGCUGCCGCCUCCGGUGUACGUACACCUGGGCUUGGACCGGCAGACCGGACCGUGCGGGCGUGCGCUUUGUACAGUGUCUCUGCGUCCUCUCCGCGCUCUUCGAAGCGCUGGACUGCUCCUCGCCAAAAGAGUCCAGAACCUUCGCCGCACCGGCGAGAAGUGAACGACGGGGACGAGAACCCCUUAGCAGGAGAGAACGAGCGGCGGCCUCGCUCCUCAGACGGCGAUGACGAGGAAGAGGAGAAAUCCCGAAAAAAACGGUUUUCUCUUCGGCCUCGUCGUGCGUCUCCCCUCGGGCCGCCGCGUCCGCCUCCGAACCUCACGGAAGUCAUAUCUUGCUGUUCGUCGCCGUCGCUUUCCCCCCGGUGUUCGCCUUCCUCGCGUUCCUUGCUGUCGCAUGAUUAUUCGAAGGCUUCUUGGGCUCUGUCUUCUCUCAGGCGCUCCCCAUCUGUCUCCGAUCGGCCGGGGUCUCCGGCGCCGCCUCUCUGCUCUUCGCCGGGUCCAGGCCAAGCCCCUGCAGGCCUGGUGUCUCCAGGGCACCGUUUUCUGCGGCAAGGCCUCUCUCGGCCUCGCGGGAAGCAAACGGAGAAACGCCUUGCCGGUUCCGCUUCACAGCAUGCCUCCGAGACCGCUGCGUCUCCAUCGCCCGUCUCUCCGCCUCCGUUGUCUCCGUCACUUCCCGACUCUACGUUUGCGUCUUCCUUGCCUUCGUCUUCUGUUUCCAGUUCCGUGCUUGCGUCCAGUUCUUCCGACUCUUCUCUCGCUUCUUUCUCUCCUUGCUCGUCUCCUGAGGGACAGGCUCCGAGUGGGAAAGACUCUGUGCGGGGUAGCAACCGCGAAGAAAAGCGGAGACGCAAGCAGCCGAGGCCGGCGGGCGCCGGCGGCGCCGAAACCGCAGACUUGACGUCGGAAUCUUUCUCUCUUUCCGAAUGGACAACGUCCCUCGAGAACGCGCCUCUCUUCGUAUCUGCGGCAGAGACACUUCAGUCGCCCAACGAAGAAGCGGCGCCGUAUGGCUGGCGGCGCAUUCUCGGCGGACUGAUCCUGCUCAGGCAACGCUACAGCCGAGCUACGACUCCCGACGAUUUCUACCAGUUUCUCGUUCGAGUUAACCGCUUCAAAGAGCCCAAAUUCCUGGCCUUGAUCGCCGCCAUCUUGAGCAUUCGGUGCCGCGACCCCGUCGCCCUCCGAGCGAUGAACUGCUUCAUGCAUGCAGCCACUCGUCGAGCAGUUCAGCUGGCCAAAAGAACAUCCUCGCCGUCUCCCGCUGCUUCUACCGAUUCCCCCUCAGCGUCUGGUAGUUCUCCGGCUUCUUUGGUUUCGCCUUCCGCUUCGGCGCUCUCUGCCGACGCGGCGAGUUCGUCUGCGGUCGGUAGCGAAGAAGAAGGAAGGACGCGAGAAGAAGACGAUCCGCUGUGGCGAAGGUUCGAAGACGAGGGCCCGACCUGUGAUGUAGUUAGGCACAUGUCUGAGUCCGAGAUCCAAGAGAGCAUUGCGAGUGUGAAUUUCAAAGACUCGAAAGCGAACCGCAUCGUUCGCCUCACACGCAUGCUCCACGGAUCCUUUCGCGGGCGUGUCCCCUCCACAUUUGAAGACCUCGUCAAGCUUCCUGGCGUUGGUCCGACGGUCGCGAAUCUCCUUCUCUCGCUGCAUUACGGGCGAAACGAAGGCCCCUCGCGUCUCACUCUGCCCUCGCGCUUUUUGCGUCUGAAGAAGACGACCAAGCUUCUCCCUGGCGUGGACGAUGACGCCUCUCCGAUGUUCCUCGCGCCUGCCUUCUCUGCCGGAGAACGCACACACGACGAGCAGAGUUCUGCGCCCUGCUCCAGCGCCUCGCCUGCGCUGUCUCCCUCGUCUCCUGUCUCCCCUCCGUCCUCCCUCCCUCCUGUCUCCGCUUCUUCGUCGCUCUCGCUCUCUGCCUCGGCGGUGGAGUCGCGAGAGGAACUGCAGGAGCAGACGCAGAUGCAUGGCGCAGACCUGCGUCAAAAUGAGGCAUCUGACUCGGCGGAAGCACUCGCUACCCGGAGGGGCAACGGAGCGGAGACGCACGACCUCUGCGAAGACUCGGACCUUGCGCAGAAGCCACAGACUCAGACUCGACAGACCGCAGAGACAGUGUCGCUGGAAAUCGACGAGACUCAAAUUCACCAGCUUCUCAGAAAUGGCGGCGGCCUAUUUGUCGACACCAACGUGAAGCGACUUGCCAGGUGCUUCAACUGGCUACCGAAGGACGAGCGGAUGAGUCUGGAGAAGGUGAAGGAGACGCUGGAACGGUGGAUCCCACCUGGUCUUUAUUUCGAACUUCCGCUUCUCUUCUCCGGCCUCGUCCAACUGCUCUGUGGUCCUGAUACACCCAAAUGCUCGACUUGCUGGCUCGGCGACAUUUGCCCCCAUCGGCAGAGCGCCGCGCUGCAGAGGCGUGCGAAGCCCGCGGCGAAAGACGAGAAGGCGACAGCGGCGCGAGACUCGAACGCGGAGGGGGGACUCGGAGAUAGCCGAGCAGGGCAAGAGGCGACCGACAAGGCGCAAGAGCCGCACGCCAGCAGAGACACAGAGGAAGGGCGAGGCAGAAACGAGAGGGAAAGAGUGGGGGAAGACAUGGCGAGGGAAAGCGCCGAACGAGUGGCAAAGCGCAGAAACGAACAGGGACGGGAAGAAGCCAAAGCGGAAAGAGGAGAAGCCGCGCACGGGGACGAAGGGGGAGAGAAUGAGAGUGAAACAGGAGGACGGGUGCGUCCCGCCGACGUACAUUUUGGCGCGUCAAGCGAGAAGGAAAUGAGCAUAAAAGAAUGCGAAGAAGUCGUGGAUACGUGUCCUGUCGAAUCUAGGGGUCGGAACAGAAGUCCAUCGUUGGAGGUUGUCGAUUCAGACUCGAGUGCGGGCGAGGACUGCGAGGGGGAGGAAGGCGACGAGCCUGUGACGGUGCUGGGGGUUAAAGAGGCCUGGAGCGCGCGAGCGCUGUGCACGUCCCGAACGACGGUUUCCUUCAAUUCUGAGGUCGGGAGGAUCUUCUCGGAACAGCCAUCGAAGCCCUAG